UUCCGGUUCCUUAAAAAGCUGUGUAAAGCACUAGUCCUUCCCUGUUUUUUUCCCGUCUGGAGAAACAGAUCAUUGUUCGGGUUCCUGGCUUCAUACAGUGCUCACAGCUACUUAAGUUUAUUGCUUGAGAGUUUAUAACCAUGGAGGCUAACUACACUAGUGGGAAUGCACCUACAGUGACACCUGUUGAUGCUUUGCCAAGCCGAAGAAAACUGCAUCCUAAUUCUGGAAGGAAGAGUGCUAAAAAGCAGAGAAAUAUGAGGGAGACUAGUCUGAGAGAACAACAGCAAGCUAACAUCAUGGCACAUGAAGGACAACAGUAUUGUGAGAGUUUACAGGACAGAAUUCAAGGCCUAUCCACAGAGGAAAUGCGUCAUCUAUGCAAUGUUAUAGCAAAAAGGAAUCCAGCACUAUUACAGGAGAUACUUGAGGAGCAAGAGAGGGGGAACAUUGGAAUUACUGAACAACGUCAGGCAGAACAACCCCCGACUUGGUGUGUGUGCCAAGGCUGCAGGGAUAUGCCCACUGCACAAGAAAGAGUCUGCUGUGCCAAUUCACCAACAAACUGUUUAUCUCUUGUUCCGGAAAUGAGUGAAGUUGUGCUGCAUCCGGGUGUUCUACGCGUUGCUGAUACCUACAGGAGGGCUAUCUUUGGAAUACCAUUGGAGACGGAUGAUAAUCGUCGUUUUCGGCAUUCGGCCUAUCGACAGUUCACUGUCUGGCGUUAUGGACGGCUUGGGAGUAGAGUGCGUCGAGUCAUUCCGAGUUGCUGUGUUUGGCGCAUUCGUGACAGAUAUCCCAACCCUUUAGGCCAGUACACAGGUUUUCUAGCUCAACGGAGGACAGUGACUGACUAGUAUUAAAAAGUUAACAUUUAUACAUUUGUGUGUUGUGUUAGAAUAGAUCAAAUUUUUUACCUAGUAUACUAUGUUUGGCCUGUAUUUUUACAAUAAAAAACAUGGACUAAAAAACAUUACAGUUUGUGUAUUUGUCCUGGAUAUUGUUGUGUACCAUGAAUAAUCGGUGCACCCUUGGCAACUGUAUAUUGAA